GAGGAAGUGCGGGCCGGAGACCCGACUCCACAGUGCGGAAGCUCCACUCCGGCCCGCCAUGGCUGCGGCAGUCCCGGACGCGGGGUCUUCGUCCCCCGCGCCCUCCAUGUCCUCCCUGCCCCUGGCUGCGCUCAACGUGCGAGUGCGGCGCCGCCUGUCGCUGUUCCUGAACGUGCGCACGCAGGUGGCGGCCGACUGGACCUCGCUGGCAGAGGAGAUGGACUUCGAGUAUUUGGAGAUCCGGCACCUGGAGAAGCACGCCGACCCCACGGGCAGACUGCUGGACGACUGGCAGGGACGACCCGGCGCCUCGGUGGGCCGUCUGCUCGAGCUGCUCGCCAAGCUGGGCCGCGACGACGUGCUGCAGGAACUGGGGCCCUGCAUCGAGGAGGAUUGCCAAAAGUACAUUCUGAAGCAACAACAGGAGGAGUCUGAGAAGCCCUUACAAGUGGCCGCUGUAGACAGCAGCGUCCCACGGACAGCAGAACUGAUGGGCAUCACCACACUUGAUGACCCCAUGGGGAAAAUGCCUGAGCGAUUUGAUGCCUUUAUCUGCUACUGCUCCAGCGACAUCCAGUUUGUACAGGAGAUGAUCCAGCAGCUGGAACAGACAAACUAUCGGCUGAAGUUGUGUGUGUCCGACCGCGAUGUCCUGCCUGGCACCUGUGUCUGGUCUAUUGCCAGUGAGCUCAUUGAGAAGAGGUGCCGCCGGAUGGUGGUAGUUGUCUCAGAUGAUUAUCUGCAAAGCAAGGAAUGUGACUUCCAGACUAAGUUUGCACUCAGCCUCUCUCCAGGUGCCCAUCACAAGCGACUGAUCCCCGUCAAGUACAAGGCGAUGAAGAAAGAGUUCCCCAGCAUCCUGCGGUUCAUCACUGUCUGUGACUACACCAACCCCUGUACCAAGUCCUGGUUCUGGACUCGCCUCGCCAAAGCCCUGUCCCUGCCCUGAAGACUGCCCCGGACCCUGGGUGCAAGUGCGUCUGUCUGCCUGUACUUGCACUUCCGCCCCUGUCUCCCUCUGCACUUGUAGGGGUUCCUCGAGCUGCCAACUCCACAGGCACAUCUGCAGCCACUGGACAUUUCUGGACAUCACAUCUCGCCUUCUGUGUGGAACCAGUGGCUGCAAGUGGAUGCGCCUGCUGGGGCUGCGAGGAGGCCCCGAGGAGCCGUCAUCUUAGACCUCAGUUUCUCCACCUGAGAACUGAGUAGCGUGGGGAGAACAGGCAGUAGUAGCUGUGUUCGAAUCACUGUGGGAAAUGAAGUGUUGUUCUGGGGGAGACAGAUCUUUACUGAGAGAGAGCUGGCUGCAGGGGUCAUAUGCUGGUUACUGCUGGGACCCCACCUCACAUCCCACUUCCUCCUGCCCCAUGGUGUAGAUACUGGCCUAGCAAAGGGAGAUCCCACCAUUGAGCAUGAUUCCCCCACAAGUUCACCUCUGUCUACCUCUUAGAUUCCUCUCAGCCUCUUCCCACCUUCAGUGUGACAAGUCCUGUAAGUGCCUGGGGCUGCUUUUCACUUCAACCCGUCAAGGUGCCUGUGGUCACACUCUCAGCUCUGCCUAGCCCCCAUCGGGUUUGGGUCCUGAGGCUGGGUCACCAUGGUGGGGUAAGCAAGAAACCUUCCUCCCUGGGCCACCACAGACAGCUUUCCUACCAACCUUUUGUACCUUGACUGCCUUACAAAGUUGCUUGCGGGACCAGUUUACAAACAGUGACCACAUAUGAGCCUCCUGCCCCAAAGCUUGUGGGCACAUAUACACGCACAAACAUGCACCUCCAUGCACACAUUUCCUUGGGUACAGUUACAGCUCCCAGGUAUGGCUGGGUGAGAUGGUCCCACCAUUGCGGGGGUCGAGCCAUAGAUAAAGAUGAAAUACUCUUGUAUUCCUUUUCUCUUUUUCCCCACUUCAUUGGAACCAGUCUCUAGAAAGGACCCAAUAAGCCAGCAUGUACCCCUUCGGUGAAGCACAGAGAGAGGAAGAGAGCUGCUUGAACUCACACAGCAAGUCAGCGGCAGACAACCGCUUCCCCUCUCUCUCUGGGGGAUUUCUACAUUAGUUAACCUCCAGCUCUCCUUUGGGGAGAAAAUAUCAUGAUCUCAGGUCUCUGACCCAGAGCAGAUCCCAGGACCCUAAAUCUAAUAGAAAAUGUGUGUCUUGCCCAGCUGCUGUGACUCAGUGGUUGAGCCUCAACCCAUGCACCAGGAGGUUACCAGUUCAAUUCCUGGUCAGGGCACAUGCCCAGGUUGUGGGCCAAAUUCCCAGUG